AUGCCGAUACCUGCACAAGCCACACGAUUGAAGUGGGGAGUCUUUGGCAUCCUCUUGGCGGUCAACAUCAGCGUCUUCUGUAUCUGGAUUCCAGCUCGUCUUCAGAUCAACGAGACUUACAUUCACAUCAACGAGAUCUGGGACAGGAUAGAAAAGGGCAUCUUUCUUCUUGUGGAUGCUGGACUGAACCUUACCUUCAUCUAUCUGGUCAAGUCGCGGCUAAUUGCUAGCGGCUUGACUAAGUACACGGCCCUAUUCCGAUUCAACCUGGCCAUGAUUGCAGUCUCAAUGUCACUUGAUUUCCACCCGCUAGCCUAUUUACUCAAACUACAUAUCGAAAUGGGCAUGGCAGAUCUGAUAGCAAAGGUCGUCAAGGCCUCAAACCCCAUGCGCCCACACGCCGAAACGAGGAGAGACAGCAACGAAGGAGCGCCAGAUGCGAACAAGAACUCAUUAUCGAAGUCGAGGUCCAGAAGAUUCUCGAUGCCCUACGUAGCUGGGAGGUGGAUGUUGAGCUCGGAGAAUGUACAACCCAAAAGAAACACCGUAGGGCCAGAACUCGAGCUCGGUAUGCCGGCCAACACAUUCUCAGGGAGGGCGGCAGAGCCAGAGACUACGCCACACCCUCGUUCUCUCUCUCGUCACAUAACUGAACCGAAUGGGAUACCUGGGCUGGGUAUGACGCCACAGUCAAGGACUAGUCGCCAGGAUUCUAGUAGUACUGUGAGGGAGCAAGACCAGGAUGUUGCGUGGUAUGUUUAA